UCAAGAUAACGAUGAUGAUUAUGAUGAGUAAUGCCUAUUUUGCUUUUUGUGGAAUUUGUUAAUUUUGGAUUAGAGUAUGAAAUGUCAUGGAAAGUCACAAUAAAAUCAUGAGAAUUUUGAUAAACGAAAACACAAGACAUCAAGAUAACGAUGAUGAUUAUGAUGAGUAAUGCCUAUUUUGCUUUUUGUGGAAUUUGUUAAUUUUGGAUUAGAGUAUGAAAUGUCAUGGAAAGUCACAAUAAAAUCAUGAGAAUUUUGAUAAACGAAAACACAAGACAUCAAGAUAACGAUGAUGAUUAUGAUGAGUAAUGCCUAUUUUGCUUUUUGUGGAAUUUGUUAAUUUUGGAUUAGAGUAUGAAAUGUCAUGGAAAGUCACAAUAAAAUCAUGAGAAUUUUGAUAAACGAAAACACAAGACAUCAAGAUAACGAUGAUGAUUAUGAUGAGUAAUGCCUAUUUUGCUUUUUGUGGAAUUUGUUAAUUUUGGAUUAGAGUAUGAAAUGUCAUGGAAAGUCACAAUAAAAUCAUGAGAAUUUUGAUAAACGAAAACACAAGACAUCAAGAUAACGAUGAUGAUUAUGAUGAAUAUAAGCUUUUACGUAACAGAAAUUUUAAUAAAGAUGGAUUAAGUAAUUUGAAGUAUGAUUUACGUGAGUUGAAGUCUGAGAAGCUGUUUACCCAUGUAAAAGUUCAUCUCGUGGAAUUACACGUGGAAGCAACAAAAUACAAGUCAACUAAAUCAUACGUGACACUUAUGUCAAACAAAACAGAAAGAUCAAAAGUGAUGGAACGACCAAACAAGACGAAAAGACCAAAUGGGACGGAAAGACCAAACGGGACGGAAAGACCAAACGGGACGGAAAGACCAAACAAGACGGAAAUAUCAAACCAGACAGAAAGCUCAACCAAAACAGAAAGCUCAAACAUGACACACAUAACACUCAAGCCUAAGUUUUGAACAGAUAAUUGACUUUACGACUUGUGUGUGUUUAUAUAUACAUAUUCAUACAUGCAUAUAUAAAUAUUUAUAUA